AUGACUGUGGCUACCCGCAUCGGGAGAUUUGUGCGCGAAAGCCCGCAACGAGCGGCGCUUCUUGCGUACAUAUUUUGGGUUGUCUUAACGCUGCUCUAUCUCCGAAGCGCGUCAGCGCGCGACUCCACAUCCCUGUUCUUUGAUGAAAAACACGGCUACGAUCCCAUCUACACACGACAUCGGAUGAAACAAGCAGAGCAGUUCAUCAAUCAAGCAAACAAUGGUGCUCCAGCUCAUGUGGGAUCGUCGAUUCCGUUCUUAGCUGUUGGCAUCGUGACCAUACAGAGAGAUUCUCAUCGCUACUUUCGCCUUACCGUCGGGUCGAUCCUGGAAGGACUUCGAGAUAAGGAGCGUGGCGAAAUUCGUCUUCUCAAUAUGAUUGCAGAUGUGAAUCCGCAAAAGCAUCAGGCUUACAACGAGUCCUGGCUCCACACCUUGUCUGACAAGGUCUUGACAUAUCAAGAUGCUGAUGUGCCAUCUGAAUUGAGGGAUCGAAUGGCCGAGCUGGAAGUCAGUGAUCAUAGCCAUGUGUUCAAACCAAUGCUUGACUACAUACAUUUGAUGCGGGCCUGCUACGCCACCGGAGCACCAUAUAUCGCCUUAUUAGAGGACGAUGUGCUUGCAGCCGAUGGCUGGUACCACCGGACUCUCGCUGCGCUAGAUCAGCUGCAUGCGCAGCAGAAGCUUGACGACACCGUCUACCUGCGACUUUUCUAUAAUUCUGGUUUACUCGGCUGGAACAGUGAAAGAUGGCUUGAGCACCUGAUGGCCUCAGUAUUCAUUGCUGUCUGUGUCGCAACCACUAUGUACAUCCUACAACGGAAUUCUCGGACAUGCUCCAAAUUCCUUACGACUCGUACUUUCUUCGUGAUUCUCUUCGUCUGCACUCCCUGCACGAUUGGCCUCUAUUACGCCGCAGGUCGUCUGACCACCUCGCCUCUCUCCCGCGGCGUUGUCCUAAUGGAUAGCCACGGCUGUUGCUCGCAAGCCUUCGUCUUCCCUCGAAACCGAGUCCCCGACCUCAUCAAAUACUACGAAAGUCGCGGCUCUGGAUUGAUUGAUCAAAUGACGGAAAUCUACGCCAAUGAAAGAGGCUUGCAUCGCUACGCACUCGUGCCAAGUGUUUUCCAGCAUAUCGGCGGGGUCAGCUCAAAGGGUGACGACACCGACGGAGGCAAGUCGAUGAAGUAUUCGGCGGCACAUCGAUGGAAUUUCGACUUUGAACUUUUCGAUCCGCUGGAGUUGGAAAGAGAGCACGCUGCGGCUUUGAAGGGGUCGAAAGCAGGUUGA